UGCGAACCGAACUCAAAAUGGCCAGAACCAAGCAGACUGCUCGCAAGUCCACCGGCGGUAAGGCUCCCAGAAAGCAGCUAGCCACCAAGGCGGCUCGUAAGAGCGCCCCGGCUACUGGCGGAGUCAAGAAACCUCAUCGCUACAGACCCGGCACCGUUGCUCUCCGUGAGAUUCGCCGCUACCAGAAAUCGACCGAGCUUCUCAUCCGCAAGUUGCCAUUCCAGCGUCUGGUCAGGGAGAUCGCUCAGGACUUCAAGACCGACCUGCGCUUCCAGAGCUCAGCCGUCAUGGCUCUGCAGGAGUCCAGUGAGGCUUAUCUGGUUGGCCUGUUCGAGGAUACCAAUUUGUGCGCCAUCCACGCUAAGCGCGUAACCAUUAUGCCCAAAGACAUCCAACUUGCCCGUCGCAUCCGCGGGGAGCGAGCUUAAGUCACACGGUCGACUGCACAUCACCAACGGCUCUUUUAAGAGCCACCAACUUAAUCUAAACAGUACAUUCUCAAACAUGAUGCUAAAUUGACAAUGUGUUAUGUGCGAACGCUUGAAAUGUGAAAAUAACAAUGAAUCCUAAAAUUGGAUGAGAAGUUCCAUGUUUAUAAAAUACGUGAAGAUAACAAUGAAUCCAAAAUUGGAUGAGAAGAUCCAUGUUUUUAAAAUACCACAAUCUGGUAAAAUGAUAACAUAAAGGAAACAAAGUCCAAAAAGUGACACAUUUGAAUUUUUUUUUUGACAGUUAUUAAAUUGCGUUCAAUUCCGAUUUGGAAUGUUUCAGCGAAAUAAUUACAGCGACUUUAUGUUAAAAUUGUU